AUGACCCAAAAUAACGCCCCCGAGUCCGUCGCCGCGGAAGGCACGGUCGCUGGACAACAGACUGACACCACAAAGCCUGAGCCGUCCUCCCAGCCUGCUCCCGAACCUCCCUCCCAAGUCACAACCGACUUUCCUCCCAACAACAAACCCAACGACGUUCCUGCAACCGAACCCGCGUCUUCUUCCCCCAGGCCAACCGAACCCCCCGCUCCCCCUCCCCCAAAACCCACAAUCGCCCUCUCCCCCCUCGACAUAGCAACCCUGACCUUCCCGGACGGCACCCGCGGCACGUUCCCCGCUCCCCCUCAAACCUCCGCACAAUCCGUCUCAACCCCCUCCAUAGCCAGCGGCCACGUUACUCCCCAGCGGGACACAGACACAGCCAGCAUCACCUCCGUCGCUGGGACUUUGAGGGGGGUUACUGGGACGGCGGGGGAUCUAGCUAGUUUACUCGCCGGAGAUGGGUUAGGGAGGAAGAGUAAGGCGUGGCGGGUGUUGAGGGCACAACAACAAGCGUGUGGGGAAGGGUCUGGGGAGGAGGGUGAAAUAACAGAGAUUGAGGGGUUAGGACUAGGCGAAGGGAUGGAAGGGUUUGAGCGGGAGUUAGACAACAUCCCUGAUACACUUCCCGACGAUGAGAGGUUGGCUUUGUGGAAGGGAAAGCUGAAACAUUAUCUUAUACUCUCGUCGGCGGGAAAACCAAUCUGGAGCCGGCACGGGGACUUAAGUCUGGUGAACUCAACCAUGGGUGUGGUGCAGACAAUUAUUUCGUUCUAUGAGGGGGCAAGGAAUCCGUUAUUGGGAUUUACGGCUGGGAAGGUAAGGUUUGUCAUUCUGAUUAAGGGGCCGCUGUACUUUGUCGCGAUUAGCCGGUUGAGGGAGAGUGACGCCCAGUUGAGAGCUCAGCUGGAGGCGCUGUAUAUGCAAAUUCUGAGCACGCUGACGCUGCCUAUUCUCACAAACAUCUUUGCACAUCGGCCGUCGACAGACCUACGUGGUCCCCUACAGGGGACGGAAAGUUUGCUGGCCAGUCUGGCGGACAGUUUCACAAAGGGGUCGCCGAGCACGCUGCUCAGCGCGCUAGAGUGUCUGAGGUUGAGGAAGAGCCAGCGGCAGGCGAUAACGAAUAUCUUUUUGAAGAGUCGGUGCGAGGAGCUGUUGUAUGGGUUGUUAGUGGCGGGUGGGAAGCUGGUUAGUGUGAUCCGCCCGAGGAAGCACAGCCUGCAUCCGAGUGAUUUGCAGCUGAUUUUUAAUAUGCUAUUUGAGAGUGGGGGAAUUAAGGGGAAUGGAGGGGAGAACUGGAUCCCGCUUUGUCUGCCGGCGUUUAAUAACACGGGCUAUUUGUAUAUGUAUGUCAGUUUUCUCGACGACAAGGCCCCGGACGACCAAAACCAACCUCCCGAGUCAUCUAACCUUGACGCCAGCAACAAGAACUCCAGCAACACACCAGACGACGACCUAACAGCCCUUAUCCUCAUCUCCCCCUCUCGAGAGGCCUUCUACGCCCUCCAAUCCAUGCGCACUCGCCUGGUUUCCCAACUCCUCUCCACAGGCUAUCUUUCCCUAAUCCGUUCGACCGCACUCUCCGGCCGUCCCUCCAUAACCUCCAUCCUCCCCAAAACCCCGCUCCUCCACUUUCUUUACAAGUCCCGCCCCAACGUCCAAUGGUGUAUGUCCUCUCUUUCCUCCCUCACACCGCCCGGGGCAACAGCCACCGAAACCCUGUUGGCGAGGAGGAAAUUGAUGAGUGUCUAUGAAGAACUACAUGCUGCCCUGCAUGCUAGGCAUGCGCAUUUGAGGGUUGUUUAUUCAACGGCUGACGAAAAGGAGGGAGAGGGACUGGCGUGCUUGGGUUGGAGUACCCCCGCGUUUGAGGUGUAUUGUGUUGCACCGGGGUGUGUGGGACGGGCGGGGAUGGCGAGGGAGGUGAAUCGGGUGGUGCAGUGGGCGAGACGUGAGGAGGAAAGGUUGUUUAUCUUGGGUGGGGGGGUGUUUUAG